AUGGCAGACAUGGAGAAGUGGACUGGAGACUGGAGAAAUCAAACGUCCAUCACAGAAUUCAUCCUGUUGGGAUUCGGGGAUCUCCCUGAACUGCAGACCCUGCUCUUCCUGAUGUUCCUGGUGAUCUACGUUGUGACCGUGGCAGGGAACGUCCUCAUCGUUGUGCUAGUUGUGGCUGAUCAACAUCUUCACACCCCCAUGUACUUCUUCCUGGGGAACUUGUCCUGCUUGGAGACCUGCUACAGCUCCACCAUCCUGCCCAGGAUGCUGGCCAGUCUCCUGACUGGGGACAGGACCAUUUCUGUCCCUGGCUGUGUAGCACAACUUGAUUUCUUUGGUUCCCUGGUAGCUGUAGAAUGUUGUCUCUUAUCAGCAAUGUCUUAUGAUCGGUAUUUAGCGAUAUGCAAACCACUGCAUUAUGCAGCCCUUAUGAAUGGCAGUGUCUGCUUCCGCCUGGCAGCUGGAUCUUGGAUAAGUGGGUUUGUGGCCUGCACCGUCACGGCAUGUUGGAUAUCACAAAUGACUUUUUGUGGCCCCGAUGAAAUUGACCAUUUCUUUUGUGAUUACGCCCCGUUAGUAAAACUGUCCUGCAGUGACACCCACCCGAUGGUUCUUGUGACCUUCCUGUUCUCCUCCAUAUUAACACUGCCUCCCUUCCUAUUAACCCUGGCAUCCUAUGUGUGCAUCAUCGCCACCAUCCACAGAAUCCCUUCCACCGCUGGGAGGCAAAGGGCCUUUUCCACCUGCUCCUCCCACCUCAUUGUGGUUACACUCUACUAUGGGACCCUGAUCUUUGUCUAUCUGCUGCCAGACACCGGCACACUGAGAGACCUGCACAAAGCGCUCUCUCUCUUCUACACCAUCCUGACUCCCCUGGCCAACCCGCUCAUCUACAGCCUGAGAAACAGGGAGGUGAAGGAGGCUCUGAGGAAAGCUGCUAGUGAGGCUGUGAAUUUCAGAACAAAUAGCAAACUAUUUUGUGUGUAG